CUAGCCUGUAUUUUCAUUUGUCACUGUAGCAUAAAAGUUACAUAUGGGUAAAGUUUUUACUUUUCACAAAGACACCACACACACCGUAGAGACAGUAGUACAGUUUUUCCCCAGUUCAUUUAUUCCACAAAUGGAUAAUAGUAAAACUCAAAGGGAUGUCUCCUCCACACCGAGAGAGGGUGUGCAUGGGUGGAUUUCAGGUCCUACUGCAAUCACCUCUCGCCUCGACCAGAGCGAGGUGCAGCAUGCAGCGAGCGGCCAGAUGUCUGGAUAGGACUAGCAGCAGAGGAAUUUGAAGAGCUGGUGACCAUGCAGGUGGAAAGAACGGACGAAAUAAACAAAUAAAUACAGCGGAGACAAGGGGGCUGUGGAUGCCGAUAACGGGACGACGCGACACCCAUAAGUGUGAUUUACAGUCCAGUCGGCGUUGGCGGUGUUGAUGGCGGAUUAAUACUGGUCAUAAAAUAGUGGGGGGCUUGUGUUGCAGGAGGACGGGAGUGAAAGCACUGAUAGAGGAAGGAAGAGAGGGGAGGAGUGUGAAGAAGAGAGAGGGAGAGGGGAGCAGAUAAAGCCAGAGUCAGGAUCAUGAGUUCUGCACUACCAUACGACUCGCUGUCAGCUCGGCCAAGUCCCAGCAGACAAGCUUUGGACUGGGAACGCCAGCAGCUGGCUGUGCGACGACUUUCCUCUCCACGCAGUCUUGACCUGCUCUCUCCACCUCCUCUUCCUCGUCGACCCUCAGCGAUCCCUGGCUACCUUCUGUCGACCUAUCAAGAACAGGAAGAGCAGCUCCAACACCAGCAGCAGCAGCGACUGUCCUUGUCAGUGUGCUCAGAGGCCUCGCUGGCGCCCCCCGCACCUCCACCUGUGGGCGCUGCCCCACCCUGCUGCCGCCCAGUGGGAGUCAUGCACCUCCUGCGCCUGGGUCUCCUGGCCUUCAGCUGUCUCUUCUGGGCAGCAGGUUUGGCCAUCUUCACCCUGGGUGUGUGGGCGCAGAUUUCUCUGGCAGACUUCAUGCUGCUGUCUGCCAAUCGCUACCCCAAUGCACCGCUCAUCCUUCUGGCCACAGGUGCAGCCAUCACUGCCUGGGGCUUCCUGGGUUGUCUAGGGGUGGCUGCAAACCUACCCUGCGUGCUCAGGGCGUAUGGGUUUUUUCAACUUGCUGCACUUGUAGCCGGUUUGGCAGCUGGACUCUCAGGUCUCUUCUACCGUGAAGACAUUGCAGGAGGAUUUCGCAGCGGCUUACAGCGAGCGGUGGCCGGCUACACCGAGGAUGAAGGCCGUGCAGAUGCAUUAGACAGCCUGCAGAGGGCCCUGGAGUGUUGUGGAGCUGAAGGUUGGCGUGACUGGCUCACUUCGGACUGGGCUAUCCAGCAUAUGACCUUCCUGCCCAACGAGAAUGGCACUUCGGUGUCCCUGCCGGACAGCUGCUGCAUGAGGCGCAAGGGCUGCAAGAAUCGACCUCUUCUGUCUGAUGAUAUUGAAGGAGUAGAAGCUGCAGGGAUCCAUCCACACGGCUGCUUUCGCAAAGUCUUCAGUUUGGUCAACGACAACGUCUUCCACAUCGCUGCCACUGUGUUGGGAUUGGCCUUCACCCAGAUUGGAGGCAUCGCCCUGGCUUGUCUGCUGGCCAACAAACUGGCACCAAGACAACAUCGACGUGUGGUGGCACAUUAAGUAUCAAUGGUCAGUUGUAAUUUGUAGAUAAUUAUGAUUGGGAGUGAACUAUGCCCCUAAAGAGUAAUAGAGUUGCAGAGUGUUGGGAGUUAUUUCACAAGGCCAGGUUUCCGGGAGUAAAUGUUCCAUCUAUUUUCUGACAGUAUCAGGUAAUUGGCACUUGAAGGGCAUUGGCAUGGCUUGGAUGGGCAUUAAAACUUUUCCCACACAAGUCUUUAACUGCUUUAUGAAAAUUAAAAUGCAUUGUUCUUUAACAAAAUGGUCAAAGGUGCAAGCCUUUGUAUGCAGAAAGGUAAAGCGAGAAACCAACUGCAACAUCUGUUUAGCAUUUCAAAAAGAAACUGAAGAGUUUUAAAGCUGAGCUUAAAAUCAAAUUACUUCUAGUUUCUGGGUCAAUUUAGAUGAUUUGAGCGACUAUGCCAAGUUCUCGAGAACUGCUGUUAGUAAUAAGUACAACAGAUGGUCAUUUCAUCAGCCUAUAUUGUUGAAUUAUCUAUUGUAAGACACAUUAAGGAUAUCAUUAGACGGGCACUUGGAGAGCGCAGACCUCUGCCAAAGCCAAUAAUCCAGUCUUCUAUGGCAGUGGUUCAUAACCAGGGUUCCAGGGACCCUCACAGGUCCUUGAGGGAGCGCCAGUGGGUCCCAAGAAUAAAGAGAAAUAGUUUAUUCUCACUAUUUAAUUCAUUAUAGAAGUGAGCCCAAUAUGAGUAAGAGGCAUAAGAGUUACUAUUCUGAUCAUAAGUAUCACUUCCUCCAUGGUUAUCUCCUCAACUGUAAUGGACAACUAUAGAAUUCUGCUCUUAGUCAUAGUCUAACUCAGUGAUUCCCAACUGGUCUGGCCACGGGGUCCAGAUUUCUCCUUAGUCAUUUGUUCAAGGUCCACACAGUUCAAUGUAUUCGGCAUCAUACUUGCGUUUGACUAGUAGCUGUCCAUUAGACACUCACUCUACAGCAGGGAGCAGGAAUUCAAAGUAAGAGCUCUGUGCCGGAAAUUCAGUGUACUUCAAAAUUAAGUGUUUCUUUUUUUUUUUUUAUAAACUUGACACAUUUGCGAGUGACUUGCGGUCAAUUUAGAAUGGACCCGGGACCCACCUGUUGAGAACACGCCUGUUGGGAAACAAUAAUCUAACUAACAAGCACUGUCUUUUCAGAUGGAGGUCCCUGAAGCGAAGUCUUAUCAAAUGGGUGUCUGUGACCUUAUGUGUAUUAGUUUAUUUGUCCUUGGUAUGCAAAUCUGCAAGUGCAACCACUUUAUAUGUCUAGAUAUAUUUCCAAAACUAGCCAGUUGGAAUUAUGUUAAAUGAGUGCUCCAUAGCGGCUGCUUUCUGUAUGAAGUUUGGGCAAUGGUGAAGGCUACCCCAGAAGAUUACUGUCACCAGUGAAAGUGGACUGUGAUAUGGAGUCAUCGAAUUACAAUUGGCUAUGUUUUGUCACUAUUUAACUUUACUACCAGCUGCAGGAUUUUUAAGAUGUAUUCUACUAAGGCCAAAUGCCCUAUCUUGCAGUGUUAAUGAAAGUAAAAAAUAAUUUGUUUAUCUGCCCUAUGGUUUGGAUCUGCUCCAGAACUUAUUGGGUUCUUUCAGGGCCCAUGCCACUCCCUUCCACUAAAUUUUGUGGAAAUCCAGCCAGUAGUUUUCCUGUAAUCCUGCCGGAAACAGAACCUCCUUGGAAAAGGUAAAAAUGUGAAAUUAGUGGUUAAAAAGCAACUCCUUACACUUUGCAACUCUCUUGCAUUCAUUGUUUGUCUGACUUUGUUUUCUGCACAAUUUUACAAAAUGCAUCUUUGAUUCAGUAAGCGUGGGGUGAAAGGUGUGUCCAUUUGAUACCUGCAAAGAGGAAGUCUGACAUCACAAAUUAGGGUGGGACCAGAUUGGGUAGCACACUGUUGAUCUCAUACACUUAACAACAGUAAAAUGUGACUUCGUCCCCUGAUUUUGUUUCAGAAAUAUUUAAAUACUAGCAUGGAUUGAUAUGCUUCAUUAUAGAAUGUAAAAGUAAUCAUGUAGGGUUAAACUACUCUCAUUUGAUCCUUGGAUUUAACACAUCUCACACCUGAAUGCACAGGAAUGUUCACCAGCAGUUUUCCACUUAAGAUGACUCAGCCUGUGUUCAACAGAUGUUCGUAUCUGCAUCACUUGGUGUUCCCAUCACAAAGAAUACACUGUGCUAGAAUGGUGCUUCUGAAAAGAGCUUGAUAAUCUAUUGCUGUCUGUGGUAUUUUGUGCUGUUUAUACAUCUGACAGGCUGUAAUGUUGAGGUGCUUUGAUUAUUAUGCACUGAGAUGAUUCACAUGCAUUCACCUUCCUUCCAGCCUCAACAUCAUACCUCUCCUAUACAGGAUAGGCAUUUUUAUCGCUCUUGUAAUUGUAAUGUAUGAUAUAUACUGUAUCUGUAUAAUGUAUUCUCAUAAUAACCAACGGUGCAAACAAGCAUGACUGAAACUGUAAACUAUAUUUGUCAACAAUAAAAAAAAGUCUUUGCUUCAUUACAGGAUAUGAUAUUGAUUCGAAACCGCAAAUGGGAAUGUCAAGGUCUCCUGCCCUUGAAUUGUAUUAAAUAUAUAAAUAGCAGCAGCAUUCUUUACAUGAAAGGUUGAUGUAGUAUUGAAACAACAAACAGUACAACGUUGGCACAGGCACAUUUGAAGUGUGUAAUGUCUAAUAAACAAC